GCAGUCAGCAUUUGUGCCUCACAGCGAUCACAACAAUAGAAAUCAUACAGUGCAUAUUAUAUAGACUAUAUAUAUAUAAAUAUAUAUUUGUAUACAUAUAGGAAAAAUGUCAUUAGCGUUGGGUCCGAAGCAGCUGCAGCUUUUUGCACUGUGCCUUUGUCUGGUUCCACUGGCGAUCAAUGCGGAUUUAUCAUUUCUCUUCGGAAAUAUUACGCUCUUCAAUGUGAACUUUAAGACCCCAACUUUGCUGGGCCGCUCCCUAACGGUGAAGAGCAAUGUGCAUAUUGAUAACAGUGUGGAUCCCAAUAUACAGGAGGAUUCACAUUUGAAUACGUAUAGUCUAAUCAAAAAAUAUGGCUAUCCGGCCGAGAACCAUACUGUAACAACUGACGACGGUUAUGUAUUAACCCUGCACCGCAUUGCAAGGCCUGGAGCAACGCCUGUCCUUCUGGUGCAUGGUCUAUUGGAUAGCUCUGCCACAUGGGUGAUGAUGGGUCCAAACAAGGGUCUAGGCUACUUGCUUUAUGAGCAGGGCUACGAUGUGUGGAUGGCUAAUGUGCGGGGCAACACGUAUUCUAGAAAACAUAUAAAGUACACGCAUCUGCAUGCCAAGUACUGGGAUUUCACAUUUCAUGAAAUGGGCGUGUACGAUAUACCAAAAACAAUUGAUUAUGUACUCAAUAAGACGGGUUUUCCCCAACUACAUUACAUUGGACACUCCCAGGGGACCGUUGUCUUCUGGAUUAUGGGCAGUGAGCGACCCGAGUAUAUGGAUAAAAUCAUAUGCAUGCAGGCUCUAGCGCCAGUUGCCUAUUUAAAGCACUGCAAGAGUCCUGUCGUGAAUUUCCUAGCCGAAUUUCAUGCGUCGGUGAGCAUUGUGCUCAAGCUGAUUGGUGUACAUGAGUUUUUGCCCAAAAACGAGUUUAUUGUGAUGUUUAACCAGUUGAUAUGCGAUGAGACCACAAUCACCAAAGAAAUAUGCUCCAACGUGAUCUUUCUAACCACGGGCUUUGAUAAGUCGCAGCUAAACGAGACCAUGCUGCCCGUUGUGGUGGGGCAUGCACCAGCUGGCGCCUCUACCAAGCAAAUGCAACACUUUGGCCAAGUGCGUAGGUCGGGCGACUUUCGGCAGUUCGACUAUGGCUGGCUGAGAAAUCACUGGCGUUACAAUAGCAUUACCCCGCCUGCAUAUAAGCUGGAGAAUGUCAAGGCCAAGGUCGCCUUAUAUUAUAGCCAAAACGAUUGGCUAGCGCAGCCGACAGAUGUCGAGGCACUGCACCGAAGGCUGCCCAAUGUGGUAUCCCAUUCUUUGGUCGACUAUCCGGAGUUCAAUCAUCUGGAUUUCAUUUGGGGCGUCGAUGCACGUGAACUGCUCUGGGAUCGCAUGCUGCAGAGUAUGCGUUCUUAUGACACCGACAAUAACAUAGAUACUUCUAACUAAUAUAGGGUUUAAAAUAACUGUUUAGUCUAGCUGUUAUACUUACAGUAUGAGCUCAAUGCACACUAUUGGCCAUUUAUGUAUAUAUAUAUAUUAAAUAUUUAUUAACUAAGGUUAGAGUAAUAAAAACAGUUGCAUGUGAUAUUUCAUAUAUCAUUGAAAGGGA